AGAGGGAAGAAACACUUUUCGAAAUUUGAAUAUUUUGUUCUCAGCAGCGGUUCUCAGUAAGCUCAAAAACAUAAUCUUAAGUUUUGAUCUUCAAUUAUAAAAUUUAGAAUAAAAUUGAUAAGAGAUAUAUCUUAAUCUUUCACAAGUACAAUGGAUGCUGCUUUAAAUACUGUAUUAGGUUUUACCUAUGAAACUCAGCUUUUUGAUUUUCAUCCUCGUCAGUAUAUUGAUGGAGUGUACAAUGUUUUUUAUGAGAAUGUGUUUGAAGCAUUAAAACAAUUCCAAGAAUAUCUUAUUGGAGAGAAAAAGGAAGUAGUUUCACCUGAAACUAUAAAAUUGAAGACUGAGUUUUUUUUCCAAGAACUAAUAAAGAAUCUGGAUAAAGCAAUGGAUAAAUAUGAGGUAUUUAUUUGCAGAAAUUUCUUGUGCAUUCCUGAAAAUUUAGUCUUACCUGAAGAUAAAGUGCAUAUGACAUCUUCCUGUACAGAAGAACAGGAAUUGUUGUUAGAUCAAGAAAUUGAAGAACUAACACAGGAAAUUAUUAAGGAAAAAGUUCGAAAAUCAGUUUUGAAACAAAAAAAAGCAGAACAGAAAUUGGUGAGAGCAGAAUUGGUUUAUUUCAAAGAAAAACUUGAAGAGAUAUCUAAUGUUAUAAAACAAUGUUCUUUUACAAAAGAAACUCUUGAUAUGAUUAUGGGCGAAUGUGCUGAACUCUGCAAUUUCAUAAAAGAACGUGGAAUUGAAAAAUCAUGAGCACAUUUGGAAAAAGAAAUUAUCUUGUGUAUAUAAAGCCCUGUAUAAUAUAUUAUGUGUAGCCUUUUUUUAAAAAAAAAAAUCUGAUUUGUACUGUAAAAUUCAUGUUGUAUAGUUCUUGUUAAAGCAAAUAUAUACUUAGAAAAAA